AUGGACUAUCCUGGACGGUUCUCCAAGGCCACGGUCAUCGACGAAGAAGAGCGAAGGCGCUUGGAAGUUUCCCGCAAACUCGAAAAUCCUCUGAUUGAGCUUAUCCCCGAGCAGUUGGGCCAGCAAAGCGAAGACUACUGCCGCGAGCAUGGCAUCGAUGGCGAAGAAGAAAUUCGUGCUUUCCGCCUUAGCGCCAUGAUUGCCGGUAUCAUGAACAAAUACGAUGCCAUGGCCGAGCUUACUGCCCAAGAGCACGGGGUUCUCGACAGAAAAACCACACGCGAAUGGAAGAAUCCAACGGUGCUCUACGGCGUCGUUGCGGGGCCACUUUCCUGUCGUCUUCAUGCAUACCCACCAUCUUGCCUUUCCAAACUGCACCAUCUCCGUCCAGUUCCAACCCGCCUCCUGACCCUCACUUUUCUCCGUCUCGGACAGAGACUGACAUGCCCUCAAGUCUGUUCGUUCUGCGCCAUCGUCGUGCAAGGAAUGGACGGCACAGUCGUUAAUGGUGCUCAACUGUUCUACAAGAGCCAUUAUGGAAUCGGAGGCGAGACGGAAAGUGACACCUUGUUCAUUGCCCACUUCAUGCUCGGCAUUAGCAUCCGGCCUGAGUCUGCCACCCACCCCAUCUUCGUCACCGAAUACGCCCCGCCACGACUAUGCGGAGCCCUCAUGACACAGUGGCAGAUGCAGACGGCUUUCAUAAUUAAGCUAGGUUACAUUGUUGACCUGGCGUUCUUCCGCGUACCAGAAAUGGGCAGCAUCGUCGGACACAACCGGAGGUUGAUGAUGGCCAGCGCCAUGGUACUUGUGAUAUUCGCUGCACAAGCUGCUACAUGCAUCCUCACUGCAGGAUGCCUUCACCACUACAGGCGCGUUUGGCUGGUACGCCAGCUGGACCACUUCUGGGAGAGGUACGUCUUCCGCCAGGACGUGUCCCCGCCAGUCGUGCCAGUCGCCGGGGAUAUUGCAUAUCAUCGGGAACAGAUUAAUCGGGAGAAGGAGCAUAACCCUACUGCCCGUGUGUGA